GGAGCGGGGCCGCGGCGCGGGGCUGAGGCGGGGGGGGCGCGGGGGGCACCGGGAGCGGCGCGGAAGGGCCCGGUCGGUGGGGGGGGGGGUGGGGGGGAGGCAGCGGGAGCGCGGAGCCGCCCGGUGGCAGCGGGGCCUGGCACCUGCCGGGACACCGGGUGGCCGCAGCCACCCCGCGCCGUGACCCCGGGCCGCACGAGCCCCCGCGGCCCCGUCCCCAGCCCCGCGGCGGGGCCGGGGCCAUGGCGGGGCCGGGGGCGCUGCUGGCGGUGCUGGCGCUGGCGGCGGGGGCGGCGGGCGGGAGCUGCCCCCAGCGCUGCGUCUGCGCCUCCAACAUCCUGAGCUGCUCGCAGGCGGUGCUGAGCUCCGUGCCCGCGCCGCUGCCCCGCUUCACCGCCGUGCUGGACCUGAGCCACAACAACCUGAGCCGGCUGCGCGCCGACUGGGCGCCGGGGCGGCUGGCGCACCUGCACGCCCUGCUGCUGUCCCACAACGGGCUGGCCUUCGUGUCCACCGAGGCCUUCGCGCACGUCCCGCACCUGCGGCACCUCGACCUGUCCUCCAACCGCCUGCGGGCGCUGGAGGAGAACCUCUUCAGCGACCUGGCCGAGCUGGAGGUGCUGCUGCUCUACAACAACGAGAUCGCCGCCGUCGACCGCACCGCCUUUGACAACCUGGGCCGGCUGCGCAAGCUCUACCUGGGCCAGAACCACAUCGCCCGCUUCCCGCUGGAGCUGCUGCGCGAGGGCAGCCGCCUGCCGCAGCUGGCGCUGCUCGACCUCUCGGCCAACCGCCUGCGCAGCCUCCCCGUGGCCGAGCUGCAGGCGCUGCCGGCCUGGCUGCGCGACCGCCUCUACCUGCACGGCAACCCGCUGGCCUGCGACUGCCCGCUCUUCCAGCUGGUGGCCCGGGGCUGGCGCCGCCGCCUCAGCGCCGUGCUGGACUUCCAGGAGGAGCUGCGGUGCCUGCCGCAGGACUCGGGGGUGCCCGUCAGCAUCCUGGCGCUGGCCGGCCGCGAGCUGCUCAACUGCAGCGAGGCACGCGAGGCCGUGCUGGAGGCGCACCUGGGUGACACGGUCACGCUGGGCUGCGACAGCCGGCUGCGGGCGGCGCACAGCCGGCACUGGGUGACGCCGGGCGGCGAGCGGGUGCCGGAGGAGGCCGGCAACGGCAGCGCGGCCGUGCUGGCCAACGGCAGCCUGCAGCUGCGGGCGCUGCGCCCCGAGGACGCCGGCACCUACGCCUGCCGGGUGGCCGGCCCCGCGCUCAACGAGACGCUCUACGUGGAGCUGCUGGUGCACAACUUCACGCUGCACGGCCCCCACGACGGCCUCAACACCGCCUACACCACGCUGGUGGGCUGCAUCCUGAGCGUGGUGCUGGUGCUCAUCUACCUGUACCUCACCCCCUGCCGCUGCUGCUGCCGCGGCGCCGACAAGACGCCGGCCCCCCGUGACGACAGCCUCAACUCCUCCGUGCUCAGCGCCACCCCCAACCACGCCGCCGGGGAGCCCCCCCAGCCCCGCAGCACCGCCGGGCCCCGCGCCCCCCCGGGGGGGCAGAACGGCAGGUUCAAAGCGGGGGGCACCCCCCCGGCCGUGGCGGUGGCGGGAGCACGGGAGGGCCCCCGAGCGCAGAGGAAGCUGUCGGACCCGGACUCGGUCAGCUCGGUGUUCUCGGACACCCCCAUCGUGGUGUAGGGGGGACACCCCGGUGUGCCCCCGCCCCCCCUCAGCACCCUUCCCCUGGUCCGUGCUGGAUGGGGUGCAGGAAGGACAGCCGGCCCGCCCCCCCCGCUGCGUGCAUCGCAGCCCUGGGCUCCACAGAGGUCGCCUCCGCCACGCCGAACACAAGGGACACGGGGACUCUGGCGGGGAUGGCGCGACCUGGAGCCCCCCCGGGGGUCCGCGCACUGCAGGACCCCCACUGACGGCACCCAAGGACACGGAGCCACCUCUGCCCCCCCGCUGCACGGGCACC